AUGUUGCCAUCAGGCAAUCGACUUGCAAGAACCUAUACUCAAGUGGAAAGACGAGAUUUCGACGUAAAGUCCUGGCCAUCACAUUCUCUAGGGCUAAAUCCAGCUCUCCACGACUUGAGAUAUUAUCAAGGUCUAGUCCAAGAAAAUCGCAACUACACAAGUCCAGGUGAGACUAAAUGUAUUGUCCUUGAGUUGAUUAAGGAUGGAGGUUCGAACAUGCAUGAUUUCGAGGAUGACGAGUCCAUACUGGAUUACCUUGGUGCUUCAAAGGAUGCCAACGGAGUCAUCCUUCGUGUCAUUUAUUGCUGGCUCGAAAUAGUAAAUCAGGAUAGAGGGGCAAGCUUCAGACACGUCACAUCUCUGUCGCAGGAAGUCGCAGUCAGGAUUCUCACAGAAUUCGAGGUAUCACCACAGUUCCUACCGAAGCUGCUUGGGGAGCCAGACUACUUCGCACCCGCAAUUUUUCAGUUGCAAAGCGACUGGGAGGACAACCCGGAGCCGCAUUUCUACUGUCAACAUCCUCGAUGGAACAUUCAUGUUUCCGAGACUCCAAUAUCGGUUUACAUGUCCCACAAGCCUCAACAAGCGUGUACGACGUAUGUUGUUUCCUGCGGCACUCAAGAGCGGUCUGCAAUGAGAGAACAUAGUAUGGAACGGCUCAAAGACUGGUGGGCAUCCAAUACUGUUAAACAAUCUAAUAAGAACCUUCCGAGCCCUUAUAUUUUGCACUGCUUAAUUUCUCAAGCUAGCCUGGAGAGUGCGAAACAACUAUUUAAUGAACUCAGACAUCGAUUAUAUGAUGUUCUCGAUGCGGUAGACGCUUAUGCGAAAAGCGACUAUUCCAUGCGACAAAACCAACGUGCAGUCCUUGAAGGUGCGACUGUGAAGCUCCAUAACGUCUCACAAGACAUCGAUUCUACAAUGGCGGGCUUGGACAUGGCGACUAUGAUCGCAGAAAACUUGCUAAUGGCCCUCGAGCGCAGCAAAUCCACGCUGGGUGUUCAGUACACCGUUUCGCAGGAGCAGACUGCACAGGCAGCCUCGUAUUUGGCACGCUCCCACGCUUCCCAGAAGAGGUGGCUUCUUUCGUGGAAGUCAAGGAAAGACAUCGCCAUGAAUCUCGUCUACAACUUGGUGACCCAACAGGACGCAGCUUCCUCAAAUGCAACCGCCUUGUUGGCCCAGGCCGAUGGAAAUGCGAUGAAAGCAAUUGCGGCUCUCACCAUGGUAUUUUUGCCAGCAACUUUCAUGGCAACGUUUUACGGCAUGUCCUUGAUGCAGAAGGCAACAUGGAAAAGCUACUGGAUCGUCACCAGUCUUCUUACUCUUGUCGUUCUGCUAAUCUGGUGGAUCUGGAUAAAAUUUCCGAUUCGUAAACUGAGAAAGGGUUUCAAGCUCCGAUUGAGAAAGUUCUUGCGGACUCUGUGGUACAAAAAGCGUAAUAAUGUGUCCACAGAUGACGAAGAGAAGGCGGUAUCACAGGGCCUGGUCACGACGUUAUCUAUGACCACGACGUUGCAAGAGAUUUCUUCAAAGAAUGGCCCGCCUCAGAUUCUCAUCUCUGGGGGGCUCAGUGCGAGCCUGAAAUGCGCGCAUUUUUUAGACUACGUCGAGAAGUUUCAGCGAGAAUGGGAAUCGCUUCAGGAUCUGACGAAGAAGAGAGGCGAAGGUAACCUCGAAGGUGGGAAACUUCUAUUUCUGGGCAUUGGUGAGAGGGCGUAUGACGAGGUCGAGCUCAGCUUCGACGGCAGAUCUGAGUAUGAGGAGGCCGUAUACGUCUAUUACCUUUGGCUUGAUUUGUCGGAAACAAACAAGAAAUAUUCUGGAAGAUAG